AUAGGAUCUGCAAAAAUGCUCAAGAAGGAAAAGAUAAAAGGAACACCUCAGCAUCCCCGUGGGCCGUGGUGGGCUGCAUUGGGCCUUUGCGGGCUAUCUGAUUCGGCAACUCCACGGCAAACCCUACCCAGCCCUCCAGCAGCGCCGCCGCCCGCCUCCGCCUCCUCUCCCUUCGCCGUCCGGAACCUACGAGGAAGGCGUUUGCUCGUUCGCUCGCCGCGGCGUUGGAGGAUGCCUCUGGGGCUGACGCUGGGCUCGCUGGGGCGGGCGAUGCGGCGGAAGCGGCUGUCCUCGCUCGACAUCCUCUCCUCCAAGCGGGCGCCGCGGGAUUACUACAAGGGCAAGAACUGCAAGCCCACCGGGUUCCACACCCGCAAAGGUGGAUAUGUGAUUGUUGAUGAAAAGUUGCCUAGAUUUGUGGUCCCUGACUUGACUGAUUUCAAGUUGAAGCCAUACGUAUCACAGUGCGCUAGGGACCUCACAGCUUCAACAUCUGCUACUUCAGCAGAAACUACUGAAAACAAGAGCUGAGUUUUAUGUGACUGCUCUAGUCAAUUUGCCGGAAGGUAUAGCCCAGCUUUGCAGUUAUGUUUUCCUAGAGAGUGCCCAUGUUCAGAGGAUUAGCAUCAGCAUCCUAGCUACAUAUGGGCAUUUCAGAUAUUUUUUCUUGUAAGGGCAAAACAUUAUGGCAUAGCAUAAAUCAGCAUGAAGUUUCUAGUCUUAGAUGUGGUGCAUGCAUCCUGCUUGUAAUUUCUUUAAGUAAUAAAUAUUUAAAUUAAGGAGACAUUUCUUGUGAAAAGAAUGACAGCGAAAAGCUACAAGAGUGCGUAGCAUAGCGUUGAUUCGUUCAAGUUGGUUUGGAAUGAUGCAGAGCAAGAACGAA